AUGUCGACACUUGCAGAUUUAAUCAAUCUCGAUCUCUCCGACUCCACUAACCAGAUCAUCGCCGAGUACAUAUGGAUUGGUGGAUCGGGCGUGGAUAUGAGAAGCAAAGCAAGGACUUUGUCGGGACCAGUGAAGGAUCCAUCGGAGCUACCGAAAUGGAACUAUGACGGUUCAAGCACUGGCCAAGCUCCCGGCGAUGACAGUGAAGUCAUCCUCUACCCUCAAGCCAUCUUCAAAGACCCCUUCAGAAGAGGCAACAACAUCCUUGUGAUGUGUGAAGCAUAUACACCGGCCGGCGAACCGAUUCCAACGAACAAAAGGCAUGCGGCGGCCAAGAUCUUUAGCGAUCCCAGCGUUGUUGCCGAAGAAACAUGGUACGGAAUUGAGCAAGAGUAUACUUUGCUUCAAAAGGAUAUCAAGUGGCCCGUAGGUUGGCCGGUCGGCGGCUUCCCAGGUCCUCAGGGACCGUACUAUUGUGGAGUUGGAGCAGACAAAGCCUUUGGAAGAGACAUCGUAGAUUCUCACUACAAAGCGUGUCUUUACGCCGGAAUCAAUGUCAGCGGCACUAACGGCGAAGUCAUGCCCGGCCAGUGGGAAUUCCAAGUUGGUCCAACCGUUGGAAUCGCUGCUGCCGAUCAGGUUUGGGUCGCUCGUUACAUCCUCGAGAGGAUCACAGAAUUGGCUGGAGUUGUUCUGUCUCUAGACCCUAAACCAAUUCCGGGAGAUUGGAAUGGUGCAGGAGCUCAUACAAAUUACAGUACGAAGUCGAUGAGAGAGGAUGGAGGCUACGAGAUCAUAAAGAAAGCGAUCGAUAAGCUUGGAUUGCGUCACAAGGAACACAUCGCUGCUUACGGUGAAGGCAACGAGCGUCGUCUCACCGGAAAACACGAGACUGCCGAUAUCAACACUUUCAAAUGGGGUGUGGCGAACCGUGGGGCAUCGAUCAGGGUUGGGCGAGACACUGAGAAGGAUGGAAAAGGAUACUUUGAAGAUCGUAGGCCAGCUUCGAACAUGGAUCCUUACACUGUGACCUCCAUGAUCGCUGAAUCCACAAUCCUCUGGAAACCAUGA